UUUUCGUUCAAUUAGGAAAUGUUAGACUUAGUGAAAUUUUGCUCGUGUACACUCACAUCCCCUGUAAUUCAUUAUCAUCAUGCCGUUUAUAACUAUUCCUGCCUACAAAAAACACAAGAGCCUGCUAGAGCAUGACAGUGACCUUGAUUCCAAUGGGUCCGAUGAGGACGAUAUUCGAAUGAAAGAACUUUCGGAGGAAGAGGAACCUGACUCUGAUGACGACGGCGAAGAUGACGAGCUUGAGCAGUCCCAGCCCAUGAAGAUCCUUACACCACCUCCGACCACACCCAAAAAGCGAAAGCAUGGAACUAAAAUCUCACCUUCCAACCCUGACCCUCUAGCAGGUGUAAAAGAGGUCACCUUCAUCACGAGCAUCACCUCUACAGCUGAGAUGAAGAAACACGCAAGCAAACAUACCUCGAGGAACCAAACCUUCACACUCAAUCUUGACGAGCCUUGGGACACCAUGAAAGCUCAGACUCUCGUCAAAAUCUCGGAUGCACUGAACCCCCGACUUCUCAGCUACGAGGAUUACGAGAUCUCCUGGUUCAUUCCGCGUGUCCUCCCCAAACCUGGCUUAUCCCUCCUCAACGAGAAAGAUUUCGAUGUUUUGGUGAAGCGGGCAGUGAAUCUGAAAGGCAAUGAUCCAACCAUCAAUGUCACAAUUAUUCAGAAGGAGAAUGAUGACCUCAAGGAGAACAAUCGGGCUGUGAUUGAAUCGACUGUGAAUGAUAAGGGUAAAAAACGAAAGGAAGCAGCUGCUGUUCUUCCUGGAAAUCAACACAAGAUUGCGAACAUCCAGAGCCUCCGUGAGCAUUGGAUUUGCAAGAAACCAGAUGCUGCCUGUCCAUCAACACAUUGCUACGUUGAUUCAAGCACGGACGAACAUCUGUAUCUCAAUGCCGAAUGGUUGGAUUGCUGGGCAUCUGCAAUGCUCAAAGAUGACGGGACAGCAACACUGGAGAAGCCACCCCAUCAUAGGCUCUUUGAUGUUCGAAAGAUCAGUCCUCGGCUGCCUGCAGUUGCUGCCACACCAGCAGUAUCCUCGUCUGACUCUGCUUGUACUACACUCUUGCAUCCAUCUCGUGCUCAAGGGAGGGAUAUACCACUUGACGAAUUCUGCACGGAAUAUGACUUGGGCAACAAUAUCCACGUGAAGUUCACCGAGAAUGCAUAUAAGGAGGCUCGGUUCUUACGCUUUGUUACAAUUGCCGAGUUGAAAGAGAUGGGCUUCCAAUUGGGUGAAAUUGCUGUGCUAUGUGAUGUUGUUGAAAGGUGGUCUGUCCCGCGUGUUUGA